AUGGCACGAAAUUCAAGCACAACGACGAUAGCAAUCAUUGUUUUCAGUGCAUAUAUUUUUGUACAUGUUAUAUUCGACUACGGACAUGUUUUCUUCGGGCAUAAAAGAGAAAGAGAUAUUACCGAAGAAUUCAUGAUCGAUGUUUCUACCAAAAAGAUACGAAAAAUAUCCGCGCCAUCAAAAAAGAAGAAAACCGCUAAGAAAACAACUAACCCUGGAAAAAUGGAACUGUACCAUAAAAAACUCAUAAAACCUCUGACAAAUGAAGAUAAAGAGAGAUGGAUUAAAAAGAUCUGGGAAACGAAUCAACUAGAAAGUCAUGAAAAUCGAGAGGAAGUGAACAUUCUUUGGUGGUUUACGAACACGGGCAAAAGUGGGAAGAAACGAGAAGCGAGGAAUUUUGACGAGUUCAAGGAUAAAUGUGGUCCCUGCAAUCUUGUCACUUCUCGUUCGUUCGAAAAAACUGCAGAUGCCAUCGUUGUCAGCAAUACUGUCAUGUCCCACUACACUGCUCCUCAAGUUGCGAGACGCAAAUUUCCAGACAUGACGAGUCGAAAUCUUUCACAAAUCUGGGUCUUCGAGAACAAAGAAAGUGGGAUAAAACAGGAGCACGAACCGAGGACUAUCAACCCUGAAGUAGACGCCGCUUACAAUGCCACAAUGUCCUAUCGGACCGAUUCCGACAUCACCAGACAUUUCGGCGAUGCUGAAUCCGUCAUCGCCCAACUUCGCUUCGACGCAGAUGGCAAUCUUGUUAGCUCAAACGAAGAUUACGCGAAAAAUCUUAUGAAGAGAAAAUUUCCUUAUGGUUCCGAAUACAACACGGCUUGGUUUGUCUCCAACUGCGACUACACAUCUGGCGCUAGAAAGAGAUUUGCCUUUGGGAAGGAAAUGAUUGAAAAGGGACUAAAGCUGUAUUCGGAAGGUGAGUGCUUCGGUCACAAAACUGAGCGGCAGUUCCAUCGAGGAGGAUCGGCAGAGUUUCCAUUGCAACGAGUCAAGUUUUAUCUCGCUUUUGAAAAUGCUUACCAUUGUAACGACUACAUCAGCGAAAAAUUUUGGCGGAAUUCUUUCAUGAACGAGCUUGUCCCAGUCGUUUUCGGCCCUCAUCCUGAUGAUGUCAGACGCGUUGCUCCACCAAACUCGUACAUUCACUCAGAAGACUUUGAUUCCGUUGAGGAUCUAUUGGAAUACAUGGACUUUUUGGACAAGAACGACACUGCCUAUCUCGAAUUUCACAAAUGGAAAAACUUGUAUCCCUCUGGGAAAAAUCCCCACAGCAAAUGCUUGCAGCAUCUCGGCACCGUAAACAGAACCAUUUGCCUACUCUGCCGGUUGAUCAGAGAUCGUCGAGCUAAAAAGAGCGCGUCUCUUACAAAUCCGUAA